AUGAAGUCAGUUACUGAUACUUUGAGAGAAGCUCAGGCUCUCGGUUUGAAUCCAGAAGCUGUAGAAAGAUUACUAGAACAGGAGCAAGCAAGAGAGGAACGCGAGGAGCGAGCUUCUGAACGAGAGAUGAAAAAAUUAGAAUUAGAAUUAGCAGAGGCUGAUAAGCGACGCUCUCACGAACUCGCUAUGGCCCAGUUAGCAUGUUCUAAUGCCGAAAGUAAGAGUACGUCUCUUCAAAUGUACGAUAAUUUAAGAUUGCCUACCUUUCACGAUGGUCAAGAUGAAAUAGAUAGCUACUUGCAGAGAUUUGAGCGUGCUGAUUUAAGGGUGUUCUUAAAAGAACAUGAUUACAAUAGUGCUACCGAAAUGGCAGAGGCUGCGGAAAGGUACAGGAGUGCGCAUAAUUUUCGCGGUCGAUCGCAGAGGUUUUCUCGGCCAAAUCAGUCUAAUGUAGCGAAGGAUAAUGUACCGAUUUGCCAUGGGUGUGGUAAGACAGGACACAUUAGGCGUCAGUGUCCUGAUAAUCCUAGAAAUUAUAAGAAAAUGAGCACUAGUGUUAAAAUCCCGCCUGAAUCAAAACUUGAUGAAUCUCCUGCCAAUAUUGAUCUUGAUCUUUUCGAAUCGUCUGGAGGUCAUUUCCCCUCUUCUAACUCUCCGAAUCAUUUGCCUAAGGUAUGUAAUGAUGUCCAUUCCAAAUCGCUUGAGACUGUUAUGAGAGUGGAGACUCGAGCAAUGACGGAACGAUCAGAUGAACGUAAGCCUCUGAAGUGUCCCGCAGUGUCACAACUUGACAUCGGUAAACUUGACGUCAUUAAUGCUCAGAACACAUGUCUUACUUUAAAGUCAAUUAGGGAAAAGGUAAAGACAGGAAAAAUAGACCAUGUUAAGAAUAGAACAGUGAAAUAUGAAGUAAUUAGUGGAUUAAUCUAUAGAAUCUGCUUAGAUAGUAAAUUCGAUCAUGAAAAGGAUAGAAAACAACUGGUUGUUCCUGAGACUUACAGAAGUAAAAUAUUAAAUCUUGCUCAUGAUUCAUUAACAGCUGGCCACUUUUCACACAGGAAAACUAGCCAUAAGAUAUUCCUUAAGUUUUUCUGGCCUGGAGCAGGAGCAGAUAUCAAGCGUUAUUGUAGAUCGUGUCACAUCUGUCAAAAAGUUUCGCACAAAGGCCGCGUUAAGAGGGUGCCGAUGAAAACUGUUCCCGUCAUUUCAGAGCCUUUUUCACGUGUCGCUAUUGACCUUGUCGGUCCGAUAUCACCUUGCUCCGACCGCGGACACAGAUACAUUCUGACUAUGAUAGAUUAUGCUACGCGUUUCCCCGAAGCCGUCUGUCUGAAGAACAUAGACACAGUGACUAUCGCAGAGAGUUUAGUUGAGAUUUUCUCUCGGGUUGGUAUCCCAAAAGAAAUCUUGUCGGAUCGCGGAACUCAGUUUCGAUCAGACCUAAUGGCCGAGAUUCAUAGAUUGCUGUCAGUUAAAGCUCUGUACACAACCCCGUAUCAUGCGAGUUGCAAUGGCGCGGUUGAACGUUUGAAUGGAGUCUUGAAAGCAAUGAUUAAAAAGUUGUGCUCUGACCAUCCGCGAGACUGGGAUAGAUAUCUUCCCGCCGUUCUUUUUGCUUACAGGGAAAUCCCGAACGAUUCGCUGAAGUUUUCUCCAUUUGAGCUCCUUUAUGGAAGAACAAUUAGAGGUCCGCUUACCAUUUUGCACGAACUUUGGUCUAAUGACGAGAUUGAUAAUGAAGUAAAGACUACAUAUCAAUACGUAACAGAAUUAAGAUCCAGAUUAGAGGAAACUGCAAAAUUGGCUGUCUCCCAAGCCGAGAUAAGCAGCAAGACUUACAAAAGCUAUUAUGACCUUAAAUCUAGAAAUCGCAAGUUAGAGGUAAAUGAUGAAGUGCUUGUACUCUUGCCCACUGAUCACAAUAAAAUGAUUAUGCAAUGGAAAGGCCCUUAUCCAGUCAUAGGCGUUAAAAAUAAUGGAGUAGAUUAUACCAUCAAAGUGCGUGGAAAGAGUAAACUUUUUCACAUAAAUAUGUUGAAGCGAUACUUCCGUCGUGAUGAAACUACUCCUGAGAAGAACAAAACUGUUAAUGUAUGCAUUGUGGAUGAAAAUGAUUGUGAUAAUGUAGAUGAGACUAUGUAUCUGGAAUUGACAAAUGGUGCAUCUUUAAAUAUAGGAUGUGAUUUGAGUGUUCGACAAAAGGAUGCUGUAAGUGUUCUUAUUUCUGAAUUUCCUGAUGUUUUCACCGACAAGCCAGGUCAUACUAAGUCUAUAGAACACGUAAUCAAUCUUGAGACCACUAACCCCGUUUGCAAGAAACCUUAUCCUAUACCCUAUAAUCUCAUUGAUGUUUUCAACAAGGAAGUUGACAAAAUGCUUGAGCUAGGCAUAAUUGAGCCAUCUGUAUCACCUUAUUGUUCACCGGUCGUUCUCGUAAGAAAGCGCGAUCAAACUUACAGGUUCUGUAUCGACUUCAGGAGCUUGAAUGACAUUACAACUUUUGAUUGUGAACCCAUGCCCACAACUGAAGAAGCUCUGGGAUUUGAGAUGUUUCCUGAAUAA